UAUUCACAAACUAAUAAUUGUAAACAAGUCGUUGAUAUGUGUAGGUCAGGUAGUCUGACUCUCCAAGAAUAAAGGUGCUCAGUAAACUGGUUGCAGUCAUUCGGCAGCGGCAUGAAAAGGCUUUGAACGCUCUCCAGUACUAUGGACGUAAACUUACCCAGCCUCAUCGCUAUCGCUGGACUUUCAUUGUUUCUGGCAAAGUUUCUGCAUAUCGUGGUUACAUGGUGGCUUCAUCGGCGCUUUCUGAGGCAGCGAAUACCGGAGCCGUGCAAGCCCCACUGGUUUCGGGGACACCUGGUAGCGGACCACCGUCUCGCAUGGGACACCUAUGUUGGAUAUGCUCGAAAACUGCCGCGUAUAUUCUUACGGCAAUUGGGACCUUUUGCGACCUCAGUCUCAGUGUGCCAUCCGGACACCAUUGCAGAUGUCAUGAGAAUCAAGUCGGAAAAACAUGCUAUACCUUCAAGAGUUUUCCGCGUUUGGCUCGGAAAUGGCCUCGUGUUCACGGACGGUAAGCGGUGGGCCCGGGAUCACAAAUUGAUUUCUAACGUGUUUUCGCCGGACAUGCGCCGCGAGUAUGUGAAUUUCUACAAGGAAGCAGCAUUCAUCAUGCUUGAUCUCUGGGAGGAGCAGCUCCACAAGAGUGUGGAUGUGUCGCAGUAUUUUCCAAUGCUGACGUUCGACAUCAUCCUGCGGUGUGCUAUGGGUAAGGAGACCAACUGCCAAACGGAAAGCGAUCCGAACGCCCCUGCCUUGCGCUAUGCUGCUGCAUUGAGAGGCAUCGUUGAGAUUAUCUUCAAGCGUUUCAAGCAACCUUGGUUCUACUCGGAUUUCAUAUUCCUUCAUUCUCCAACUGGUCAUCGCUUCCAGAAGUUGCAAGCGGAAACACACAAGUUCAGUGAACAACUUAUCCGAGACAGACGGGCAUGUCUUCAGAAUGCUGAAGGUGAAAAUGAUGCUGGAAACAAACGGCACCGAGAUAUGCUCGACAUUCUACUGAUGGCAAGAGAUGAAGAUGGUGUGGGAUAUAGCGACACGGAGAUCUGUGAGCAUGUCGAAACGUUCCUCUUUGCGGGCCACGACACUACGGCCUCGGCCUUCCAGUGGAUCAUACACUAUCUCAGUCUAAACCGUGAUGUCCAAGAACGCUGCCGUAAAGAAGUACUAGCCGUCUUGGAGAGAUGUGGUGGUUUGGACAACUUUGCUCAUGGGCACCUGGCUGACCUGGAGUACGUGACACAAACCAUUCAGGAGGUGCUGCGCUUGAGCAAUGUUGUCCCGUUCGUGGUGAAGACAAGCAAGCAUGCAAGUCAGGUGGAUGGUGUUAGGCUACCUACCGGUACUGGCUUUCAACUCAACAUGCUAGGAGUGCACAUGAGCAAACAAGUUUGGGAUGACCCGGACACGUUCAACCCUGAUCGAUUCUCACCAGAUCAAGGCAGCACACGGAGCUCCUAUGCCUUCAUCCCGUUCAGCUGCGGUCCACGCGCGUGUAUUGGCAAGCACUUUGCCAUGGAUGAGAUGAAGGUGGUGAUGGCCAUGAUACUGUCCAAGUUCCGCUUUACGCCAGACCCUCACGCCAAACAGCCUGCCUGGGUAAUGGCAAUGAUCGUCAAGCCAGACCCGGGUGUGCAUGUGAAAUUGGAGCUGGUGUGAACAUGAAAUAGGUAGUCCAUUAGGUGCUUUGCGACAGCUAGAGUGACCGCGCUAACUAAGCAAGCUGAGCUUGACAUAACUGGUGGUGGUGCGGUCAACGUCAUCACCUUUUCUCUAUAGAUCUGUUCGUGCAUAUCUGUUCUGAUGGGUACUGGCUUCGCCAUUCUAGAUUAAUCGGAUCUAGUGGAAAUGCGAGGCCGAGUGACAACUUACGCUCUCCAAUUUUUGAUUUUAUUAGGGGUCGGCUUACACUGGAGUAUGAUUUGAAUAAUUAUAUUGAAUUAUACAUUAUACAUUGAACAUGCAGCAUGGAUCACGUUGGAGAAUGUUUGCUUGGUUAUGGCUUCGAUAUUGAUUUUAUUAUGGGUCGGCUUAGACUGGAGUAUGAUUUGAAUAUAUUGAAUUAUACUUUGAACAUGCUGCAUACACAAGCACUGGAGAUGGGAAUUCAUACCCGGGACAUCAAGCGCCCACGCGGCCAACCCCAUCUCAGAUGGAUUGACAAUAUUAAAAAUGAUCUAAAGCACGCCAAUAUUGAUAUUUCUGACUGUUUUGAACUGGCUCUAGAAAAAAUGGCUGAUGCUUGUGGAAAAAUGGGCUGCGCUUGCGUAGUUGUUCUUACUGCGAUACGUUCUAACAAUAAUGCGAUGCCUUUUGUUGGCUCUUCUGCCUGGAUUUCGUUGACAGAUGCGUUAAGCCCAUGGAUCCUUCCAUGAGUGACAUGCAAACUGUAACUAUUAUUAUUAUUAUUAUUAUACUGCUGCAUGGAUUAUGUUGGAGAAUGCUUGCUUGGUUAUGGCUUCGAAAUUACCAGCUGAUUCUCCCGCAUAUUCUGGAUUGACCUGUAAUUUUUCUGGUUUAUCCCUCCACGUUGCUGAAUUACAGUGAAACCUGUCUAAGACCGUUA